UGACAUCAGCAUGGGCUUCUCUAGAGGGACUUCGGUAAGUGGCAGAGCAUCACAAAGUGUCGCGGGGAGGUAAAAGGAUCGAAGACCUAAAACCUGAACAUGUGUCCGUCCAAACUAACUGCGGUACAUUUUUUCACCUAGAUAACAUGGCCAGCUGCUAACACUUGACAUGUGCUACUGGCAAGAAGGGAGACCUGGCUGAAAUAACUGGGAUUAAUAAAAUAACUGAACAUGGCUGCCCAUAGAAUUAGAACUACCAACAACACAGCGCUACCCCGCUGCAAGUCAGAGGGUACUCUAAUUGACCUCAGUGAGGCAGUGACGGAGGCCACUCUCACAGAUGUCAAAGUUCUUUCUCCAAGUGCCUUGAGACUCGAUACUACUGCGUCACUUGGUACUGCCAGGGAAGUUGUUGCCAUCAAGGAUUACUGCCCAUCCAGCUUCACCACCUUAAAGUUCUCAAAGGGAGAACGUCUGUUUGUGCUGGAUACAUCAGGUGGGGAGUGGUGGUAUGCCCACAACAACACAGAGAUGGGCUACAUCCCAGCUGCGUAUGUUCAGCCUGUUAAUUAUCGGGAUUCCUCGUUCAGUGACAGUGGGAUAAUUGACAGCGUUGGGGACUGCAGUGAGGAUGGGGCCAAGGAGCUGGAUCUCCUUGGAGAGUGGACAGGAGUAGUCCUGAAGCCCAUUGAACUUCAAAAUGGAAACCCUUUUUCCACCAGAACCUCAACUAACCCUUUUCUGAACGGAGGUGUUCAAGGGUCUGUUGAUCAGAACAGCAACAGAAGCUCGGUUGACAUGCUACUUUUUGACACCCUCACUCCAUCAAUCUCCACCAGCAGUAACAUUAAUGUCAAUGGUUUUGAUGGCACCAUGUUUGAUACAAGCACCAACACAAACAUGACAUUAAACAAAGACAACCCAUUUUUUAGGAGCAAGCGUUCUUACAGUUUGUCAGAGCUGUCUAGUUUGAAGGCCCAAAGAGAUUCCCCUCAGGGGUUCUCAAGCUUCUUCGGUGGGUUAAAAGCGCCAGCACCAGAGCAGUUUCAAAGCAGGGAGGAUUUUCGGACUGCUUGGCUGAACCACAGGAAACUCGCGAGGUCAUGUCAUGAUCUGGACUCUUUGGGUCAGAGCCCAGGGUGGGGACAAACACAGCCCAUAGAGACAAAUAUUGUGUGCAAACUAGAUAGUUCAGGUGGCGCUGUUCAACUGCCAGACACCAGCAUCAGUAUCCAUGUCCCAGAGGGUCAUGUUGCUGUGGGUGACACCCAGCAAAUCUCCAUGAAGGCUCUCCUUGACCCACCGCUCGAACUAAACAGUGACCGAUGCACCACAGUUAGCCCUGUGGUUGAGGUUAAGUUGAGUAACAUGGAAACAAAGACGACAAUCACUUUGGAAAUGAAGGUGUCUGUCGUAGUGAAGAUGGAUAGUCGGCAAAUAGCCAAUGUAGUUUGUGUGCGGAGUGAUUGCAAAGAGGGUCCUUACACACCUGUGCCUGACGUGUACAUGUAUGGUGAUACAGUCCAGUUAUGCCUUGAUAACCUUGAGCCCUGCAUGUAUGUGUCAGUUGUAGCCCAAGCCCAGUCGGUUGCUCCGUACACCUCAGUGUGGGAGCAUGUUGUAAAGAAGGUAACCCUUGGUGUGUAUGGACCCAAGCAUAUCCACCCGUCCUUCAAGAUAGUGGUAGCUAUUUUUGGCCAUGACUGUGCCCCAAUGUCACUCAUGGUCAGUGAGGUUGGUAAACAAGCCCAAUCAACGCCCCCAGUUGCUCUUCAGCUGUGGGGAAAGCACCAGUUUGUUUUGGCAAAGCCGCAAGACCUACAAGUGGGUGUGUACUCCAACAUGUCCAACUAUGAGGUCAAGGCCAGUGGGCAGGAAAGGGUGGUGAGGGGCUUCCAGGUCAAGCUUGGAAAGGUGAGUCGGAUGAUCUACAUGAUCGCUACACGUACGCCAGCAGAUCUGGCAGACUUCACCAUGAAGAUCCAGGUCAAAGACGACAAGGACUGUAUUCUUGCUCAGUUUUGCGUUCAGACACCCACGCCCCCACCUACCAUAGGACCAAAAACCUCAGUGCAGAGGCGUUUCUUGAAGAAAAAGGAGGUAAACAAAAUUGUGCUGUCACCACUUGCAGCCACCACCAAAUACCCUCUGUUUCAGGAACGAAGGGUCACCAAUUUAAAAUUUGGUAAAUUAAUCAAAACAGUUAUCCGGCAGACCAAGAACCCCUAUCUGUUGGAGUACAAGAAAGGGGACGUGGUAGCUCUCCUGAGCGAAGAGAGAAUUAAACUAAAGGGACAGCUUUGGACCAAGGAAUGGUACAUUGGUUACUGUCACGGAAAGACAGGACUGGUUCAUGCCAAAAAUGUCCUUGUGGUGGGGAAGGUGAAGCCAAUUUACUUCAGCGGGCCUGACCUGACGACCGUGAUUCUCCUGGAACAGAUUCUGAAGGCGUGCAAGUUCCUAACGUACAUCUAUGCAUCAGUAAGGACCAUACUGAUGGAGAAUGUUGGCAGCUGGAGGGCAUUCGCGGACGCUUUGGGGUAUGUGAACCUGCCCCUGACACAUUUCUGCCGCACGGAGCUGGACAGUGAGCCUGAGAAGGUGGCCUGUGUGCUGGAGAAGCUGAAGGAGGACUGCAACAACUCUGAGGGAAAGGAGAGGAAGUCCUUCCAGAAAGAGCUCAUGACUGCCCUCCUGAAGAUCGACUGCCAGGGCUUGGUGGCACGUCUGGUCAUGGAAUUUGUUCUGCUGACCACAGCAGUGGAGGUCGCCGGCCGCUGGAGAGAGCUAGCCGAUAAACUGGCCAAGAUGUCCCGGCAGCAGAUGGACGCCUACGAGGCUCCACACCGAGACCGGAAUGGAGUGGUGGACAGCGAGGCCAUGUGGAAGCCAGCCUUCGACUUCCUGCUGACGUGGGCGGCUCAGAUUGGGGACAGCUACCGCGACGUGAUCCAGGAGCUGCACCUGGGCCUGGACCGGAUGAAGAACCCCAUCACCCGGCGCUGGAAGCACUUGACGGGGACGCUCAUCCUCGUCAACUGCCUGGACCUGCUCCGGAGCUCUGCCUUCACCUCAGCCCACCAGGACGACUGUGCCAUCUGACCACCUCAGAUCCAGAUCCUUAUGCGUCAUCCUUACCCAGUCACUCACAGCAUUUUCAGACACUUCAGCCAUCCACACUGCCUUUGACUGGUCCCACCUCUUCAGUUAGAUCACACUCGACCUACUCAAUACUUUAUACCCUCAUACUAAAUAUAUUGCAGAGCUACAAAAUAAUGCACUACGCUUCAUAUUUAGAAAAUCGUUCAUGCUUGUGCACAUUCUGCUUUGUCCUUGUAGGGGGGUUUCACCCACUUGUCCACUUGCUUGCAUGACGCUGUCCUUGGUUUACAAAGAGGUCUGUAAAUGCUGCACGGUGCUUUAUCAAGCUAGCUGUAGAGCAGGUAAAGGAGGAAUUGAAAUGAUUGAAUUGGCAUGAUCAACUCUUCCGUUCAGAGAUAAAGAUUGAACAUCUGCUUCAUAUUGAUCUCUGGCAAAAGCCUCUUUUUAAAACUAUGAAAGGCUACUUCUUUCAAAAGGCUGUUACCAAAUCUGCAGUAUUGUUCAAGUAUUUUUUAUCGUUUCUUUCUGGCACAGGAUAUAUAUUUUUGAAUAUAGCACAGAAUAAUAUUUUGAACCACUUUGACACUUUUUUAGUUGUUGUUGACUAAAUACACUGUAAGAGAGACAAUUAUUACCAUUUAUAUUUCAGUAUGUAUGGCAGCCAAAUGCAUGUGUUUUAUGUAUGUAAAGGUCUAUGGUGCGUUUCAAGUGAAUCUGUUAGAGAGAGCCUCUUCUUUUUCAUUCUUUUGGUCUCUGUCACCAAAAACCAUUUCAUUUGAGGUAAAAGAUUUGUUUUCUCCGACAGUUUUGUACAUUUUGUAUCAAGCAUUGAUAAUCAAGCUGUUUUUAUGGUUACAUGCUUUAAAUGUUUAUGUCAAAACACUGUAGUUUUAAAGGCCAACGAUGUCUGGGCAAACGUGUUCAUGCAUUUCUUUGUGCUGGAUUCAGUGCUGUGUACUGUAUGCUUAUUUAGCACAUUUAUAUGUUGCAUGUAUAUGGGACUACAUACUCUCAUUUGAAAUAAAAUAAUAGCCUUUAUACUAUA